UUUCCGGCAACAACUGAGAGCAUCAUAAUCCUCAACACGACCGUGAAAGACUGGAUGCGGGAGUGUGAGUGGGACUGACAGUCCUGUGAGGGAUUUUUAUAUUGGGGUGUUACAGUUCGGGUAGUCACAGACUGGACUUGAAGGUUGAGCGUUGCCAUGGAGCCAGUUCUGCCUGCAGUGACUGACACAGUGGAGCGAGAUUCAGACAUGAAUGAUGAUGCGAAAAGGAAGAUCCAGUUCUCAGUGCCUUCAGCAGUACCAACACAGCUGGACCCACGACAGGUGGAACUGAUUCGACGUCGGAGGCCGACGCCUGCCACCCUCUUCAGACUGACGGACCAUCCAUCGCCGGAAGAGGACGGCGGGUCUCAUCAGUGGGUUCUGGGAGAAAACGGUGCCCUCAAAGCCAAAAUGGUCAACACGUACCAGCCGCCCUCACUCAAAGCUGUGCAGAGAAUGGCCCAAGCGCAUCUGUCCUCCAUAGACAUGACCUCAGUGGACCAGGAUGACCCACCUUCUGGAGAGGAGGAUGGUGCAGACAGCGAUCUGACAAUAAAAAACAAGACUUCGGAGCCUUUGAGUUCAGCCAGUGUCAGCUGGCAUCAGGGAAAGAUGGAGGACGCCAACGCGAGAGACGAAGGAGAAUGACAGAACAUCUAAGUGUGGUCGUUUGCGUGUGUGCAUGGUUGUAAAUGUCGUGUACAUAUGUGUGUUUGCGUACAUUGGGGAUGCCUACAUCCCAAAUGACAAGGGCCAGCAGUACUAUAAUCAACAAAGUGCACUACAGUGUAUGUAUUGUAAAUGAUGGUGAAUGUAAUGCUUUUAAUGUGUGUACAGUAUAUUGUAUGUAAUUAUUGUCUCUCUCUAUUCUGUAAUUAUAUGUAUAUGCUUUCUGUUGAUUGCUAAUAAAACCACCAUACAGGGUGAUGUUUGUAUAA